GUCGGCUAACAAUUCUGGACCCUUCAAAGCUUUACGAUUGGGCCUGAGGAAGCAUGUUUUCAGUGGGACCGCAAUGGGAUGUCAGCCGAAGUCCGACUCGAUUGCUCUCUCUGCAGUCCCUGUGAUCGAAAAUCAGAUAAUCAGAUAAUCCUCUGCUCCCCCCUUGAAGGAACGAUGGCAGUGUUCACGCUUGUCACAUCCUACACAGUCCUUGCCGAGCUCUGUCCUUGCUCUCCCACCUCAUUCAGUGCUUCUGGCCCUCCUUGACGGCCUGGAGGUGAUUCUUCACCAUGAUUUGGUUCACUUGGCUGGCUUUGACGCUCGCGGUCUCUCCAUGUCUCGCCAAAACGGUCGAAUACUGGUUCAAUGUGACCUGGGUGAUGGCAAACCCUGAUGGUUUGUACGAGCGCAAAGUCAUUGGCAUCAACAAUACAUGGCCUCUUCCCACCAUUGAGGUAGACAAAGGGGACAGGCUUGUAGUCCAUGCGCACAAUGGGCUUGGGGAUAAAGACACCAGCAUCCAUUUCCAUGGGAUGUUUCAAAAUGGCACCACCGACAUGGAUGGCGCAAACAUGUUGUCCCAAUGUCCAAUACCCCCUGGAUCGACGUUCACCUACAACUUCACCAUCAAUCAAAAUGGAACCUAUUGGUAUCAUUGUCACGUCGACUAUUGCUAUCCCGAUGGCUACCGUCAAGCGUUGAUUGUACACGACAAAGACUCAUAUUUCUAUCACAACUACACGGACGAGUUCGUUGUCACGCUCAGUGAUUGGUACCAUGAACUGGUAGAGGACAUCGCGCCCAAUUUUUUGUCUCUGUACAACCCGACUGGGGCCGAGCCGAUACCAGAUUCAUUUCUGUUCAACGACACGCUCAACUCAAGUCUCCCUGUUCAGCCCAACACGACAUACAUGAUCCGGCUGAUCAACAUUGGGGCAUUCGUCGGACAAUAUUUUUAUAUUGAAGAUCACAAACUGCGCAUUGUCGAGGUCGACGGCGUCUAUGUCGAUGCCGCCGAAACGGACACCGUAUUCCUAGCUGUGGCUCAACGGUGCUCCGUCUUGGUGACGACAAAACCCACCACGGAUAAAAAUUAUGCCAUUGUGACCGUGGCGGACCAAACUCUUCUCGACACGGUUCCCUCGCAGUUGAAACUCAACAACACCAAUUGGCUUGAAUACAACAGCUCUGCUUCCCACGAUCAGGCUGUGGUCACUCUAGACGUUACCGACUCUAUACCGGCCUUCGAUGAUAUCGGCCUCGUACCAUACGACCGUCAAGAGCUGUUAGGUGAACCUGAUCAGCGUAUCGAAUUGGCAGUUGUCAUGGCCGAGCUGGGGAAUGGUCUGCCUUAUGCGCUGCUCAAUGAUAUCACUUACACGGCACCAAAAGUGCCGGUGCUGUACUCUGUACUGUCGUCCGGAGACCAAGCCGUCAAUAGCCAAAUCUAUGGUGACACCAACGCAUUCGUGCUCGGUCAUAACGAAGUCAUCGAGGUGGUGUUGAACAACAACGACACCGGAUCCCAUCCUUUCCACCUACACGGUCACAACUUUCAGAUAAUUGACCGAGCUCCUUCAUUUGAGGAGUUUUUCAGCUAUAAACCCUUGGCUAAUCCCAUCCCUUAUGAUCCGAACAACCAUUCCGCCUUCCCUACCUAUCCAGUCCGUCGAGAUACCAUUCUUCUUCCACCGCAUGGGAGUCUUGUCUUCCGUUUCGUCGCCGACAAUCCUGGGGUCUGGAUCUUCCACUGUCACAUCGACUGGCACUUGGCUCAAGGUCUGGCAUCCGUUUUUAUUGAAGCGCCCCGACAGAUCCAAGAGCAGCUCACUGUGCCCGAAGACCACUAUGCCGCUUGCCGAGCUAAAGGAGUCCCCUACACGGGCAAUGCCGCUGGAAACACCGAGGAUUUCUUGGAUCUGUCGGGCGCUCCUUCGCAACCAGGCGUCAUCCCCUAUGGAGGCUUCACGGCCAAGGGUAUUGUGGCCAUGGUGUUCGCCGUCUUGUCCGCAGUACUGGGCAUCGCCUCACUAACGGUUUAUGGCUUGAGUGAUAUCAAAUUUGCGGCCAACAAUAAGCGACAGUUAUACUUGACGACGGAAACGAAAUAUCGCGAUGAUCCCGUACCAGAGAAUGUUAUGGUGCCGCCCAAGGUUAAUUAGGGGCGUUAUCUAGCAAAUUGCAGCAACAAGUCAUGCAUAUACUAUAGUGUUGACUUUAUUAUGGGUAGCAUGGAAUGAAGAAAGACAAUCAUACGGCCACUUUUGAUGAUUGAGCACCGGAUCCACCAUGCUUGGGAAAUGGUAUGGCGAAAUUUCCUACUGCAGAUUCAAGUUGUAUACAUAUAUAUAUACCUACAUCAGAGAUCUAAAUAUUUAUCUGUUGUGAUUCUCCUUCAUUGCCGGUUCAGGCUUCACGGUAAUUCACGUCGCUUAG